GCUAUACAUAGAGCGUCUCCCGAUUUCUUAGCGGGUGGACUACCAUUGCAUCCUCAUGUGUUAUGCAGGGUGAUACAGGAGAAUGAAAUAGCAACAUGUGGUAGUGCAAUAAACAAGACAUCUGCCCGAGAACGCAAGGCCUGUGUUGUUGCGACAGAGAGACGUCGAGGGUCAGUGGUAAAUCACCUUGGAAACAACGCUCCGGCAGAUGGAGCGCCGCAAUCAUUUUGAUACGGCAACCAGUCCUCUUUUAUAGCCUCCUCUCAUUCUUUCUCACCUCUUCCAACCUUCCCUCUCUCGUUCCUACCCAUUAUCUUUUUAUCCGCGCCAGGCCGCUGUGCGACCACUUUCGUUCGGUUGACCCGAUAAAUCAUACACUCUUCGUAUACAUUCCGAUACUUUGCAAACCAUUCGAUCAGCCAUGCUCUUCACUCGCAACUUCGUCUUCUCCGUUUUGGCAUUUAUUUUCGUUGGCUCGGUCGCCGCCGUGCCCAUGCCCAUGCCCCUUCGCCGUUCCAUGGAACGCCGCGAACCCGCUCCUCUGGAAGUAAUUCCAGCCUACCUCAAGCGUGCCGAUGUCAACACCACACCCGCUGAAAUCCCCACCAAGGCCCCCGCUGGCCAAAUUGAACCUUACAAGCGUGACGAGGUCAAGCGUCAGGAUGUGAACAACUUGCCUGCUGAGAUCGCUACCAAAGCUCCGACCGGUCAGAUUGAGCCCUACAAUCGUAGGGAGCUCGAGGAGUUUGAGAAGCGCAAGCUUAACGCCAAGCGCGCAGACCUUAACACCACACCUGCCGAAAUCCCCACUAAAGCUCCCGCCGGUCAAAUUGAGCCUUACAAGCGUUCGGAGGUUAAGCGUCAGGACGUGAACAAAUUGCCCGCUGAAAUCGCUACCAAGGCACCGACCGGUCAGAUCGAGCCCUACAACAAGCGCGAGUACAAGCGCGGGGAUAUCAUCCCCUCUGAGCUCCCAACCAGGUCGAUUGACGGCGUCAUUGAGCUGAUCUGAGUCUCUUCAGCUUAUGGCAGUGCAUGUUCCGACCAGUUUGAUGGAGAGAUGGCGUGCUCAUGAUCGUUUGCGUUUCUGCUCUUUAUCGUCUCCCCUUCCGAUCUGUAUCCUUAGAAGUGCUUGAUGCGCCGAAAGGUCAUCAUCAGUAGCUUGACCGCGGACUUCCUUCUUUCCUUCUCCUCUUUGCACCACUCUCCACUGCUUUUGCUCUCGGGUAGCAACUGUACUGUCAUUCUUUGCUGGGCAAAAUCUCAUAAUAAACCUGGGUUCGAGACAGGGAAUUCAUCUCCGG